GUCAACAUUUUCUGGAACACACUUGUGUGUCAAAGCAUUAAAUUAAACAGGUUUAAAAUGUAUGAAGGAUUUAAACAAAUAUAUUAAUAGACUUGGUGGAUAGAUGACAACAAUCUUCACAAUAUUAUAUAAAAAGCUGAUCAAAAUAAGCAAUCAAGGUUGUGAAAGUUAAACUACAGAAGAUCGUGAUUUAUGUAUAUAACUAAUGUGUGCUCUAUCCUAAAAAUGCCUUCCUGCAAUCCACAUUUUUGCAAAGAUGAAAGAAGUGUGGUUACCCUCGUUGGAUUCAGCAUCCUUGUGUAUUUCGUUGUUAUGGACAUUUUCCUAUAUGCUACCUUACAAGAAACUCCGUCAUUAGCCGUACCCUCUGUGCCAGAAGAUGGACAUUAUUCUCCCUUUCUUCCUCUAUCGGCCAAGCUCAUAAUGACCGACCAUUUCAGUCACUAUUUUUUUAAUCCGACGAUAGAAUGUUUCCAAUACAUAACCAGAUUUAACACCGUAUUCUAUUUUAUCACACCGAAUAUGAUUAGUUUCGGACAUCUUUUUCUUGCCUUAAUAGCCGCAAAAUUUAUUUCCUCAGAAAAUUUAAGCGAACGCCGUGUGGGUGCUGUUCUUUUUAUGUUACGUUCAUGGAUGGAUAGUUUAGACGGCUCAGUGCAUCGCAAGCGUGCGGGGCUGGGGCGUGUGUAUAAUUCCGAAAGACUCUCCAGUGGAUAUUAUAUAGAUGUUUUCUGUGAUACAGUUGGAGGUGGCUUCCUCUCAUUUGGUAUUCUAUUUUAUUUCUACAAAGUUUUGGAUACAAAAACAAAAGAAUUGCCAUACACAAAAUUAACAGAGAACGUUAACGGUGGGGGAAAUGGAAAUGGAGCCACUGGUAUAAAUACAAUUGUUCAAUAUACGAAAAUGCAGCUAUUUUGGAAAAUGUGGUGUAUAGGAUUUAUGAUAGGAACAGGUGGAUGGUGUUGGGAUUAUUCAAUAGAUCAGUAUAAAUCCAUAUUUCAUACAAAAAUCAACGAUGCAACUUUAGAGGCAUUACAAUCAUAUUAUCUACAUACAUGUUUUACAUGGUUAAUGAUGUGGUCAUGGAGGUUGUGUGAAGGACUAGUGUUAAUAAAUUAUGUGUUAUUUUCAAUCUUCUUUGAUAAAAUAUGGGAGUUUGUUAAUUUAUUUCAGUAUAUGGGAUAUGUGAUAAUCCUUAGUUUUUUUUCCAUUACUAUACUGUAUAUCAAAUAUCUGAAAACCGAGUUACAUUUAUAAACACCAAGAAAGUUGCCGUCCACCAACCUAAGUGACCGUGAUAUAUCAUUAUUGAUUAUUUCAUAUACUAUAGUUUAUUUUUCAUUCUAAUAAUUAUAUAAUCAAAUACUAAUUAAGUACCAUAUUUUAUAUUGAUUUAGCCCUGGUCUUACUAAACUCUAUUUAACUGUUUUUAAUUAUUAUAUAUAAAUACUUCCUUAAUAGAAAAAUGCACAUAUAUAUGUAUGGAUGUAGAUAAUAUUCUUUUAACUUGCCUAUAUUUAAAAUGGCACUCUCUUUUUGAUUUGGGUAUAAAUUCCGAUUGUCGAUGGGAUUGUGUUUUAUGUGUUUAUUUGAUUUGUGAGAUGAAGUUCAUAGAUGAAGCCAGAGUCGAGGUAUAAUCGAUUGUGUAUACAGUAGUCGACAGAGUAAGCAAGAAUUCUUAAUUCAAAUUACUAAAUAAACUUCCAAUUAAUCUUUCAUAAUGAAAAUUGAAUGAUACAAAGAAUUUCUCCAUCUUUAAUAAUCAAAACAACACAUCAGAUCAAUCCAAUUCAAUAUUUUUGGUUGUUUUACUUAAAUCAAAGACAUUUAGCUUCCUUAAAAAUGUGCUUGUGUAUUGUGGUUAUCAAUGUACAUUUGUCUGUUAAAAUUUCCAUUAGCUCAGGAAACUAAAAUAUUUUUCCAUCAGUUUUUGUGAUGAAAUGUUCCCUAUUAUGUGAACCUAAAAACUGGUUGUAUAUUGUAGUUACCAGCUAUCAGCUAUCAAUAUUUUCUUAUUAAAUCAUCAGACACUGAAGUUCUUCAAGAAAAAUGUUCAGACUUUAUGUCAUAAAGUGUUAUUGCCACUCCAGGUCCUUGACCUUAAAGACUCAUAAAGAAGACUAUUGAAGAGGAAUUGCAGUGAUCAGUUUUAGUUAAGAGAGCAUGACCUCUGUCGUGUUGUGAACCUUGAAUUCAAAAUCCUGUGAAUGCCCUAGCAGUCAAAACUCUGAAAUAGACUUUCUUCAAACUUGUGUUAUGUAUUUUAAACAGUACCACCCCUAUCAAUUUUAGUCAUAUUACAGAGUAAUGGUUCUUGGCCUAAAAAGCAUGCGAAGACUGUAUAUAAAGGUGGCAGUCCUUAAAAGUUUCUGGUGGGUAUUUGCUUUCUGUUUUAAUUCCUAAGAUCAUGCAAAAGUAAAUUAUAGUGGACAUUUAUUUAGAAUCAUUGUUAUUUAUUAACUUGUAGCAUAAUGAUUUUAAGACUAGCUGUCAAAUUUUCUCUUAUUUUUGUGACUGGGAACCUGUGAAUUUUAAAGAUGGCUAAGUUGUGUCAGUAGUAUUUCAGAAGAUACAUGCAUGAGAAUUGUGUCAGUAUGAAUGUAACGGCUCUGGCUAUAGGAAACACAACUAUGUAUCAGUUUAAAUUCUGUAUUCCACGAUUCUUUAAAUUGUUAUGUGACGUAUGCAUUUAUCUUAAAAAUUGUCCAAGAUUUUUAGUUGAUAUCAUAUUAAUUUGCAGAAAAAAUUUAUUGAAAAUUAUUAAAACAAAUUAGGCAAGACUCCAUAGCAACCAGUAAAAACAAAUUUCAUUUUUUGCUCAUAGGUUUUGGUCUUUGGUCAAUUAAAAAUAAUGGUCUUUUUAAAGGACAGAAACAAUAUUUAUAUGCAUAGAACAGUAAGAAAACAGAAAACUACCUAAAUUAAUCUGAAUAUAUAUACAUUAAUAUGUUCUUUUUGAGCCAUAUUUUUGUCCAAUUUGGGUUGCAAAGAUUAGAGAUUUAGCUCCUUUAAAUUUAGUCCUCUAGCCAGUGGAGUAGACAAUGAAUAUCAAAAUACAAAUACCGGUAUUAGUUUAAAACUGUUAGCAGUGCCUUCCUAAUGAAAAUAUCAUACAGUAGUGAUGGAAGAAUUUCAUUCUUUAAUAUAAGGUAUUGAUAAACAUUGAACAUUCUUUGUGUUAUCUAAAAAUGUCAUAAUAGCUGUACAUUAACAUAUGUUGUGCACAUCAGGGACCUGUGUUUGUUUUUCCAUGCUUAAAGUUCAUUUACUGGUACCUUGUGCAAUAAAUCUGAACAUACCAAUAAUUGAUAUUAAGUAAAUGAUGCUGUGUUAUCUUUCCCGGUUGAUUCAAGUUUGCCUCUUGACAGAAAGAAAUACCCUUGUUAUUGGAUUUAAUUGCAUGUCUGAUAAAAAUUUUAGGCCUGUUUUAUUUUUCCCAUUUAUAAGCCACGUCAUAAUUUCAUUUUUGGUUUCUUAAACAAUUAUACCUUAAAGAUGCAUUAUGUAAGUGCUAAAUCUGCCUAUUGCUGGUCUUUGUUUUGGCUUCACAUAUUAUGUAAACUAUUUUUUAAACACCUGUUCAUAUGACAAGCCUAUAAUCAACUUUCGGAUGGCCGAAAUUUAAAUGGAUUGAAACACAUCGCAAUUUGAUAAUUUAAUUUAAAAUGGAUAAUCUAGACCAAGUCUUGAUUAUCAAGUACCGUUGCUACAAUAAAAAACAAACUAUGCUACAUUUUCAAACAUUGAUCACUUAGCUUAGAAUAAAGUAUUAUAGCAAGAACAGCUAACUCUUUAUCUAAAUCUUACAUAAUGCAUCUUUAAGAAACGAUUAUUGCUAACGAUAUUAUUCAUAUUCAGAUAUUAUGUAUUAUUUUAUUAUAACAGUAUUUUGGUAUUGUUAGCGUUGGCAAUCUGUAAACUGUGCUAUUUGACAUAAUAAAAAAAACUGAAUGUGGUGUAGGCCUAUACAUGAAUGAAGAUUAUGGUGUAGAGUAUACAGUACUGCUACCACUUAAACGGGGGACACACUAGCGAAAUUAACCUGGUGUGUCCAGAGUCCCGAUGCCGAAUUUGUAUUCGCCGCAAAUGAUUCACUCAAAUUAAACAUGUUUGAUAUAUUCAGUCAAAUUUUCAUUCGCUGCGUUUAUUGCCUGAUUGUAGAAUACAUUAGCCAAUCACUGAUGUAGCCAACUGUUGAACGAGAUUGUUAAAGAAAAAAAUGUGUGUCUCGGCAAGUGAACCAGGUUUUCGCCCAGUCACUCCUAUUCUCCCUCCUCUUUCUACGAGCGAUCAUCACAUUUUUCUGACAGGAAAAAAAAAAAUUGUAAUGGAUAUAAAAGGAAAAAUAUGAAAAUUAUUCCAUCCCACAAAAUGAAAGGACAAUAUUGGUGCCAGUCAUUAUCACAUAUGUGAUAGAGGUGGUUAAACACAUUCUAAAUAUAAUUUUAACACAGAGAUCAUUGCUACGAUAGCUGAGUAAUACAGGUUUCCUGAGUCGGAAGUGACGAACGCCAAAGGAAAACACAAGUCAUCUCUUUAUAUAACUGACUGAUGUGACGAGUGGUAACGGAUAUACGGCCGAAUUUCUGCUCACUAAUAAUUCCUUCGAAGACCAAAAGUUGUUUAUAUUCAUUCUAUAUCUUAAUAAAAACAUGGUAAUGCACGGACUUUUUCUGUUUUUCUUUCAUGUUCACUUAUCUAGUGGCAGUCAAUUCUUUUUAUGAAUUGUCAGAUAUCCUCUCACAAUCUCAUACAACAACUUUUGGUCUUCGAAUGAAUUAUUAGUGAGCAGAAAUUCGCCCGUAUAUCUGUUAUCACUAGUCACAUCAGUCAGUAAUAUAGAGAGAUGACUUACUCAGCUAUCGUAGCAAUGAUCUCUGUGUUAAAAUUAUAUUUGGAAUGUGUUUAACCAGCUCUAUCACAUAUGUGAUAAUGACUGGCACCAACAUUGUCCUUGAAGUGGAUUUUGAUUCCGGGUGCAUUUUCAAACUCAAACUGCGGUUCCAGAAAAUUGACUCCACUAGGUGCUACUUGCCGUUAAUUUUCAAGACUUUAAUACGGUUAUUUUGUGAUCAUGUGAUCAGGCGCUAUCUGAUAGUUAUGUAGGUUAAUUUUUCUGGCGCUGUCGCCAUAUUUUUCAGGGAAAAAUUAUCCAGCCCUGCUCCCCCCUCCCUCCCCCAAGAAAAAUUGGCUCAUACGCCUAUGGCUGACACAUUCGGUUGAAUGAUUCAAGCAGAAAUUUGCUUAGUGUGUCUGCCACUUUGUACAUGUCUGAAGAAGUACUUCACUUCCCAGGAAGUAGAUUUUAAAGAUACAUAUCCUUGACAAUUGGGAUAUUACUUAUAUUGAUUGGGAAACAUAUCCAAACUACUAGGGAAAAUAUAUUAUCAAAAAACAGCAAUUUAGAAAUUUGAACACAUUCACCAUUAAUAUGGUUACACUUGCAAGAUGACGAAUAGACCAGUACUCACAUUAGCAAGUAAACGUGUGAUCAAUGCUCACCCUAAAUAAAUAUAUCAAUAUCAGCCUGAAUGUUGAUAAUUUGUAAUAAUUAGCUUGUGUAAUUUAUUGUGGGCUUACAAGACAAAUUUAGCUUGUUUAAUUGUUGUACGGCAUUAAUCCUAAUUUAGUUUCAUUUUAGUUUAUAAUUUAAUUUUUCCUGGCUAUUAUGUACCGGUAUAUCACAUUUAAGAUAAAAUUUAAAAGGUUCAAGAGAUGACCUAAGGGAACAUAUCUUUAAAUGGUCAAUAUACCAGUCCAUUUUAUAUAUUAUAAUUGCUUUAAAAUAAGUUGUGUCUUCCGUGAAUAUUGUCUAGAGCUCUAGAGCAAACUCACUUUUAACUUCAUCAAACUUAAAGGGGCAUUAGUUAAGAUUAGAUAAAGAGCUUACAGUUUUUGCUAUAAUAGUUAAAUUACUUCACUCUGAGCCUAGUUAUCGGUGAUACAAUAACACUGUAGCCUCAAUUGUCAUUGCGAACGUUGUUACGAUAAUAAACAAAGUUGCGGUUAUCCAUUUUUACAGUUAUUUCAUCAACUGCAAAACGUAUUCAAAUCUACUAAAUAUCAGAGCCAUCUGAUGGCAUCAAGAGUUAAUUAUGGUCUUGGUAAGUUAAUUAAAGACACAUUAAGGGAGAUUAGAUAAGAAGCUGGCAGUUUUCACUAUAAUAGUUAAAAACUAGAUAAUGUAAAGGGAAUUUGCUGAAAAUUUCAGGCAAAUUGAUCCACUCUGAACCAAGAUUUUAGCGAUUGAAUUUUCGGCCUAGCCUCAAUCAUCAUUACUAAAGUUAGUAUGAUAAGAAAACAUAGUCUCGAUUAUCCAUUUCAUGAUUAAAUCAAGAAGAGAGUGGAGCAGCAAAUGGUAUCCUAAUCCAAUAAACAUUGCAGGCUAGCGUUGACAUCGAGAGUUGAUUAUGGUCUGGAUACGUUAAUUAAUGUCUAAUUGAUAAUUUAGAUGACAUUUCAGGCCUAAAGAAAGACCUGCAAUAGGCAGAUUUAGCUCUCGCAUAAUGUAUGUUUAAUGUCUAAUUAAUAAUUUAUAGAACAUUUAAGGCCUAAAGAAAGACCUGCAAUAGGCAUAGUUAGCUCUUGCUUAAUGCCUGUUUAAGCAAAGUGUGUUUAUAUGCUUUCUCGAAAAACUAUUGAUAAAAGAGAGAAAACCAAUUUUGAUCAUGACAAUUGUGAUGUUUGAACUUGAAAUAUAUUAUGCUGGUUAAUGGAAAAACACAUAUUUACACACAAAUCAUCUUUUUUAAAAUUUAUAAUUCAUGUGAGGGGCAGUAUUUAGAUAAACUAGGUUUGUGCACUAGUCUAUAGAAAAUAUAUAAAUUACUAACAAAUGACUUUCUACAAAAUAGUGUAUAAUUUUUUUUUUAAUAUUGUAGAUAUAUAGUAAAUAUAGUGAAUACUAGAUAUCAUAAUAUUGUUUUUAUUGUUUAUUUGUUGUUGUAUGAUAUAAAUAUUAUUAAAUAUAAUUAUUAUAAACCUAGCAUGAAUAGAAAUGUGUGUUCUAUGUUAAGUUAUAAAUUGAACCUUUUGCAGAUGUGUGAUUAUAUCAUCGACAUAUAUUCAUUUGAUUAUUUUAGAGUAUAGUUUAUUGAACUUACUUCAAAUAAGUUAUCAAUUAUAGAAUUUAUCGUUUCUAAAUGCAACUGUCUUAAGCUUUUCAAAUGGGAGCAACAGCUUUCAACUACUUAUAAGUGGGUUUAUUACAACUAACAUUAACAACAGUAUAUCUUGCUUGUAACAUUUUGUUCUUUUGAAUAGCUGUUGCAUUUUGUUUAGCAGUUACACUAUUAUAUUGAUUUUAAUGGAAAAAAUAUUACAAUGGUUGUUAUUUAUCACAUUGAUUUAGCAUUUUGUUAUUAUGAUUAGUAGUAACAAUAUUACAUUGUUUAUAAUUUAGCAGCAACAAUUUUAAAUUGAUUAGAACUUACAUGUACCAGUAUUUGCUAUAAUGAUUUCUGGUGCAGGUAACAAUAUUUCAUUGAUUGUAACAUUUUUUUCUUUUGAUUACAUUGAUUGUAACACAUUGUUAUUAUGAAUAGUAGUAACAACAUUGCAUUGAUGAUAAUAUUACAUUGAUUGUACAUUUUGUUAUUAUGAAUAGUAGUAACAAUAUCACAUUGAUGAUAAUAUUACAUUGAUUGUAACAUUUGAUUACAUUAUUUCAUGGUUGUUAUUUUUUGCUUUCAUGAUUAGCAGUAACAAGAACUUCUUACAAUGAUUGUUAUUAUAAUUAACAAUGUUACAUUGAUUGUAACAUUUUGUUAUUACAAGAAUAUUGCAUUAAUUGUUAUUUAUGUUUUUAUUAUGAUUAAUGGUGAAAAUAUUAUGGUAGCCUACAUUGAUGGCAAUACAUUGUUAAAAAUUUUAUCAUAGCGAUAGUUAUCAAGGAAUUAUAUAGUAACAUUUUUCUAAGCAAGAUUUUGUUAUAAACAGCAUUGUGGUUUCCAAUAUCUUUAUCUUUAUUAUGCUUAUCUUUGUUACCAUACCCCCCGCCCAUAAAGCUGGGAGUAUAAAUUCUGGGAGUAAAAUAUCUGAUAAACUUGUCCAGUAGGACCUUAAACCCCAUUUCAUUUCCUUUCUCCCAACUCCCUCCAGAGAAACCUUUUUAUCCCCCUUUUUUUCGCUCCCUAAAUGGCAUAUUAUGCUUAAACUAAUUCAAGAAAUGGUUUAUUAUAACAUGACUUAAAUGGUAUCAUAAGUAAGAUAACAGAACAUUAAUUGAUGUGCAAAAAUGAUUGAUUUUGUCUGUUUAGCAUCAAUACAGGAUUUGGUGGGGUUGACAGCAAUGUAUAAUUUGCUACAUAUAAGAAUUUCAGUAGUAAAUAUUAAGGUAAAGUUAAUCUACACUUUGUUGUUAUGGUAAAAAUAUCAAAUAUGUCAUUUUAUGAAGUGGUUUGAGUUAUGCCAUUUAGAGACCCCCAAAAAAAAGGAUGAUCGGGAUUAAAAGGAGAAAGGGAUAAUCUGAAAGAUUUUGAAAGAGAUUUUUGAAUUCGAUAUAAGAGUAGAUUGUAGUGCCGCUGUCCAGGCAAAAUUUCCCUCAUAGCACACUGUAUAGCAUAUGCCCGUCUUCAUUAGCCCAGUUCGGAGCAGAACAGUAGGACGUUAAACCCUAUUUUAUUUCUUUCAUGCUACUUCCCGCCUCAUCGCUACAAGGACAUUGUUUAAUAUCAAUAACAUAUGAUGCUCUUCCCUUUAUUUUAAUAUUUUAACAGAGGGAUUAAUUAUGGGAGGCCUAAUUAUGACCAGCUGUGAUAACAGACCAUAAUCAUUAAUAGUUUUUGGCUGUGUAUCAGUAAAAUAUUGUUUAUAAAUUGAGUAGAAUGACACAUUAAAUAAUAAAUGUCUUGAAAUGA